CCUGUACUCCUUUCUUCCGUUCUUCACUGAGUUCCCCUGCCUCUUGCGUGUCGUUCAGUGCUGUGCCAACAUUCUGAACUCGAACCUGUCAAGUAUUUCUUCUUGUAUUCUUUGUGUGAUAGGAAAGACGGGAACGAUGUGACACUUGGUACUCCAGCCAAUCACAGCUCCCUUCUGCCAUUAUUACAUUCUAUCAAGACUGGUUGCGCGCUUCUAGGCUCUCAUCGCCUUCCGCGAACGCCCACCAUGAUCGUCACUGAGCCCGUGGACGUGCCGGGCCCCACGAGGCGCCAGGCAGGCGUGGCUCGCGGGGCGGGCAUAAGCUACGCGUCCGCGCUGCUGCACCGCUCCGCGUGUCAGAGCGGAGUAGCUCCCGCGCCCAAGGCAGCUGAUCCAAUCCCGCCCUCCCGUCCCGAGGCCACUAGGCCGCAACCGCAGAAGAAACAACAGCGGCAUAUGGCGCCGCAGCAGCUGCAGCAGGCGGCACCGCAGUGGCCCGUGUUGGGACGACGGUCGCAGGAGUCAUCGCAGGCACAGGCAGCACCGCAGGACGCAGCACAGGCAUUAUCACAGGAAGGGUCGCAGGCGGUACGCCUACAGCCAGGUAAGAAGCAGCAAGGUAACGCGUGGGGGCUUCGCGCCGCACCCGGAACGGAAGCACGGCAGAAGCAGUCGUUGCAGUCACAGCCACAGCAUCCGCCACAGCCGCCGCCGCAGCCGACGCAGCAACAGUCGCAGCAGCCGCAGCCAAGGCCUGAACCCAAGUCGCAGCCGUCGCAGCGAGCCGUAGAACAGUCCAGCGACCACGAGUUCGACUUCGACGACGUGUUCGGCCCCUCGCCCGCGUCUUCUGGGCGGCUGUCCUCAUCGAGCAGCCUAGACUCGUCACACGACGCGUCGUCCGGUCGCCUGGCGACGGCGAGCGGUCGCAAUCUUCGCACAGUGGCGGAGAUGGACGAGGACGACCUGGCCGGCUGGAUGGCCGACGAACAGCUGCCGGAUCUGGCGGCGGGAAUCCCGGGCGACGAGCCGCCGGAGAUAAUCACGCACCGGUCGCACUCGCUGGUGGGGCCCGCCGCCAUCACGCCGCGGCAGAGCGUCGCGCGAUCCAACAGCCGCCGCUCGUCGCUCGACGAGCCGGACAGCGCGCGACCGUCGCUGAUGGGAACGUCGCCGAGCAUGCGACAGUGCUCGCUGGAGUCGCCGAGGAAGGCCGUCGCACGUGCGAUGCUGGAGGCUGGGAUGGCAGCGGAGGGGAGAGGGGGGACGGCGGCGGAAGCCGCGGUAGCAGUAGUCGGGGCGGAGGGCGGUAGGGAGAGUGACGCGACCGGCGCGGUAGAGCCGGAAACGGAAAUCGCGACGGAGAAGGCGGACAGGAUAGGGCCGGAGGAUUUCGAGCUGCUGCGGGUGGUGGGGCAGGGCGCGUUCGGGAAGGUGUUUCAGGUGCAGCAGCGGUGGACGGGCGAGAUCUUCGCGAUGAAGGUGAUGAAGAAGCAUCGCAUCCUGGAGCGCAACCAGGGCGACUACAUGCGCGCCGAGCGGGAGAUCCUGACCAAGGUGGUGCACCCCUUCAUCGUGCAGCUGCAGUACUCCUUCCAGACGAGCGCGAAGCUGUAUCUGAUUCUGGACUUCAUCAACGGCGGCCAUCUCUUCUUCCAGCUCUACCGCCACGGCACCUUCAGCGAGGACUUGGCGCGCAUCUACACGGCGGAGCUGGUGCUGGCCGUGGGGCACCUGCACUCGCGGGGCAUCAUGCACCGCGACCUCAAGCCCGAAAACAUCCUGCUCGACUCCGACGGCCAUAUCAAGCUGACGGACUUCGGGCUGGCGAAGGAGGUGCGGGCGAGCGACGCGCGCAGCAACUCGCUGUGCGGCACCAUGGAGUACAUGGCGCCCGAGAUCAUUCAGGCGCACGGCCACGGCUUCCCCGCCGACUGGUGGAGCAUCGGCAUCCUGCUCUACGAGAUGCUCACCGGCCAGCCGCCGUUUUCGGGCGGCAACCGGCAGAAGCUGCAGCAGCGCAUCGUGAAGGAGAAGGUGAAGCUGCCCAACUACCUCACCUCCGAGGCGCACUCGCUGCUGCGCGGGCUGCUGCAGAAGGACCCGGCGAAGCGGCUGGGCAGCGGGCCCAGGGGCGUGGAGGAGAUCCGCGCGCACAAGUGGUUCAAGGGCGUGCACUGGCAGCGCCUCGAGGCCCGCCAGGUGCAGCCGCUCUUCCUCCCCGCCGUGACGGGCGGCAAGCGGUGCACCGCCAACUUCGACACAGUGUGGACGCAGAUGCCCGUGCACGACUCGCCCGCCGGCACACCCACCAUGGGCGGCGCGGACGCCUUCUUCCGCAACUACACCUUCAUCGCCAGCCACGCUGCGCUGUCCACUGUCGAUAGUGACAGCGAUGGUGAGGUGGGGAGUGGUGGGUCGGAGGAGAGGGACGAGGAGGAGGAGGAGGAGGAGGAGGGGGGAGAGGGAGGGAAGGGUGAGGAGGAAGUGGUGGAGAGGCAGUGAGGAAUAGUGGUGCGCACAGUGGCACGUGCAACCACCAUUCCACCCCGCUAUCCACCUCACCGCGUACUUACAUGGCCCAUCCUGCAACCACAGCCAUGUGUGCUCGUCCAGCCACAGCACCAUGCACUCGUGGUCCCGCGCCCUCCCAUGCGCACUGCAUGCCGUGAACCGCGAUACAACAUGUGCUCUCACAUCCUCAACACCUUCCGCCCCACAGCUGCGCCCUGCCACCUACACUCAGGAUGCAGCUGCAAUUUUGUGUAUGUCCGUUGGACACCUCAUUGCUUGUUUACCUCGUAGGUGGUAGAUGUUUUCAUUAUUCGUUUAGUGCUCUUGUGGCAAAUGUGAAAAUAGUAAUACUUUUAUAGUUUGAUACUAUUUCAUUGUUGUAGGUAAGCCACGCGCUGUAAGCAU